AGGGUGGGGACUCGUUUAAAGGCAGCGUGAGACCGCGGGGCGGCAGGUGGCACCGGCGGGGACUCGGCUUGGCAGAGCUGGCACGGUCGGCCUAGGCGACGGGGCUGCAGUGAGUGUUUACAAAGGAAGCAAACUCUUCUACUUCUAGAUCCCCCCAGUUUCUUCUAUAAACCAAAACAUCUCAACAUGGAGGCUUAAUUCCCUUCAAAGGGACUUAGUCUAAUCUGGGGAGGUAGUUUUGUGCAUGAAAAGCAAAUUAAAUAAUUUACUGGAGAUUUUUAUUAUAAAACACAAACAAUGUUGGUUUUUAAUAUUGAUGAAUUAUAUGAAUUAGAUUGUGGCAGUGAAGAAGAGAGGUGUAUGCUGUGGGGACUCAUUCCUGAAACGCUGUUCUCCGGGUUGGCAAGGCGGCUUCCCGUUGACUGCUGUGUAGACUAGUAAAACAACACCCGCAUUUGUGAGGAUUUAAAAAUGAUUGACAGUUAUCCAGAACAAAGAGCCAGUAAUCAAACCUUGGAAAAGUUAGAGAAGUGUGCAAAUGGGACCUCAAUCUAUUAGACAGCUGCUACCAAAAACUGCCAGUAACAGAACUCUGCGAUAGGCACAGCCAAAUUCAGGGAAAUGGAAAAAAUAAACAUGCUGGCCAGUGGAGAUGCUAUCCAAUUACAACAGCAAUGAUAUUUUAUAAUGUCUAAGAUUUGCUUUGGUUCAAUGGACUAUUAUGUCUGAGAAUGGUGGUAGAUAGGUUAGCUUGUUCACAAAGAAAAGCUGCACAACAGUACAUGAAAGCAAAUAAAGGUUUAUUGGCCAUGGGUGAAAGGAUCCUUGAGGUUAGACACAAUGAUUUACCUUUGGGGGAAGUAACCGCUGGGAGAGAGAUAAGACAGUUCUCCAGCGGGGCACAAAGCACUGAAAUCAACAACUAGAAAACCCCAACAUCUGUGAGACCCAAGAAACCGUGCUUGCAAAUCACUGGUAAAGAAAACCACAAUGGCUUCUCAUUGGCCAUGGACAGUAUUAUUGUCACAGAAUAAUUGAUGUCCAAUAAUUCAUCAUUGAGGAAUUCUUGAUUGUGACAAGGUUUUUGCUGUUCAAAUGGUAAAUUUGUUAUUAUCUUUUUUUUUUAAAUUGUCUUGGUAAAUUCUGCUUUGAGGUAUGUUAUUGGUGAAGUGAGUUCUGACUCAAAUGAAAGGUUCCCAAAACAAGACAGCUGAAAAGAUUUGUUAUUUUAUAGCCAUAUGGAAAUUAUCUUAAGAAAGUUUUUUUUUUAAACCAAGGAAAUAAAAUAUGUAUAUCAUGACUCUUUUUGCAGAAAUAUCCUGAAUAUAAUUAUGAAGUACAAUUUGGUUAUUGGUAGUUUAUCACACCGUGUGUGUUUGCAGCACCUGGGCGUGGUCAGUGUCUAGCCAAGUAUGUAUGCCAUUAGGACGAAAAGUGGUCAUUUUAUCUUCAGGUUGUUGAGUGCUACUGGAGCAGGAAUUGACCUGCUCAUGGAGAUGCCUGGAACUAAAUGAUGUUCUGAUGGCCUAAAGCGGCUUAGCUUCCAUGAAGCUUGUUUUAAUUUUCAUCACAGGUUACUCUGUCGGAUCAUGUAUGCACUUGUGUGUAUGAAGAAGGUAACAUGGGGUGGUCUCCACUGCCAGUCAAACAUCUAUCAGUGUAGGAUGCAGAACCUCACAGACAUGAAUUAUACAUGCAUAGUAGAAAAAAGAAAGAACAGUUUCUUAUUAUCAAUGUUUAACCAAUAUGAAAACUAAGGAAAUCAAAAGCAAUGCACAAAACUACCUCCCCAGAGAAAGACUAGUCCCUUUUCCUCCCCUCGUCUCGUCUCGUCAUGAACAUAGUAGAAAGUAGCGUCUUUUUAGCGAAUUUGAUGAAAAGCGCCAACUCUUUUGAACUGAAGUACGACCUUUCGUGUGAACUCUACCGAAUGUCCACAUACUCUACCUUCCCUGCCGGGGUCCCCGUCUCCGAGCGGAGUCUUGCCCGUGCUGGUUUCUAUUACACUGGCGUGAAUGACAAGGUCAAGUGCUUCCGUUGUGGCCUGAUGCUGGAUAACUGGAAACAAGGAGACAAGCCCAUUGAAAAGCACAGAAAGUUGUAUCCCAGCUGCAACUUUGUUCAAAGUCUAAUCUCAGGCAACAGUUUGGAAACAAAUUCUCGGUCUACUUUUCCUUCUUCAGUAGCAAAUUCUACACAUUCGUUCUUCCCAAGUUUGGAAAAUAGUGGCUAUUUUAGUGGUUCAUAUGCCAGCUUUCCAUCAAGUCCUGUAAACUACAGAGCAAAUCAAGACCUUUCUGCCUGCAGUGGGAGUCCUUACCACUCUGCGAUGAGCACCGAAAAAGCCAGACUACUUACUUAUCAGAUGUGGCCGUUGACCUUUCUGUCACCAGUGGAUCUGGCUAAAGCAGGCUUUUACUACAUAGGGCCUGGGGACAGAGUGGCCUGCUUUGCCUGUGGUGGAAAAUUGAGCAACUGGGAGCCGAAGGACGAUGCUAUGGCAGAACACCUGAGACAUUUCCCCAACUGUCCAUUUUUAGAAAACCAGCUUCAAGAUGCUUCGAGAUAUACCGUUUCUAAUCUGAGCAUGCAGACACAUGCUGCCCGCUUCAAAACAUUCUUUAAUUGGCCCUCAAGUCUUCUAGUUCACCCUGAGCAGCUUGCAAGUGCAGGAUUUUAUUAUGUGGGUCACAGUGAUGACGUCAAAUGCUUUUGCUGCGAUGGUGGACUGCGGUGUUGGGAGCAGGGAGAUGACCCGUGGGUGGAGCAUGCCAAAUGGUUCCCAAGGUGUGAAUACUUGAUAAGAAUUAAAGGGCAGGAAUUCAUCAGUCAAGUUCAGGCCAGUUACCCUCAUCUACUUCAACAGCUGUUAUCCACAUCAGAUACUCCAGAAGAUGAAAUUGCAGAGCCACCAAUUGUUCAUUUUGGACCUGGAGAAAACCAUCCAGAAGAUGCAGUCAUGAUGAAUACGCCUGUGGUUAAAGCCGCUUUGGACAUGGGCUUUAGCAGAAGGCUGGUGAAACAGACAGUGCAGAGCAAAAUCCUGACAACUGGAGAGAACUACAAAACCAUCAGUGAUCUGGUGUUGGAUUUGCUUAACGCAGAAGAUGAAAUAAGGGAAGAGGAGAAGGAAAGAGCAACUGAGGAAAAAGAAUCAGGUGAUCUAGUGUUAAUCCGGAAGAAUCGAAUGGCGCUUUCCCAACACUUGAGCUGCGUGAUUCCGAUUGUAAACCGUCUGCUAACUUCCGGAGUGAUUAAUGAGCAAGAGCACGUUAUCAUUAAACAGAAAACACAGACAUCUUUUCAAGCCAGAGAACUGAUUGAUACAAUUCUAGUAAAAGGAAACAUUGCAGCCACCAUAUUUAAAGAAUCUUUACAAGAAACUGAUCCUAUAUUAUACCAGCGUUUAUUUGUGCAAAAGGACAUCAAGUAUAUUCUUACAGAAAAUGUCUCAGAUUUACCAAUGGAAGAACAACUGCGGCGAUUACAAGAAGAGAGAACAUGCAAAGUGUGUAUGGACAAAGAGGUGUCCGUCGUGUUUAUUCCUUGUGGCCACCUAGUUGUAUGCAAAGAUUGUGCCCCUUCUCUAAGAAAAUGUCCUAUUUGUAGAGGUACAAUCAAGGGUACAGUUCGUACAUUUCUUUCAUAAAGAAGACUGAAAACUGUCUAAAGUUUAGAAAUUAAUGCAUUAAAGGUAUCAUAAUUAACUUUAUAUUUAUUCCAUUUGAUACUGAUUUUGCUGCAAAUGUUUUAUUUGCAACUCAUAAAAAUGUUUAUAGAAAUGUAUUUACAUAAACCAAUAUAUACCUGGAACAUGUGGAAGUGUCUAUUUUAGAUAGCAAGACAAUACUAUAUUACAAACUUAAAACUCAGCCAAAACUGCAGGAAUAUUGAAAUUCUAAACGGAGCAGGAUAGAAGAUAUUGGCAUUUUUGCCUUUCAGAAUAUUUCAGAGUUGUAUUAGGUAUCACGGAAUUCCUUGCUCCUUUAAAAAUUUUAUUAUUUUUAAUAUAAACUUUAUUUCAGAAUACUUUUAAAUGUAUAAAACAAAAAUUGUGAGGUAGUGUAGUUCCCAUAUACCCUUCAACCAUCUUCUCCUGUUGUUAAUACUAUAUAGUAUAUGAUCUAUUUGUUAUAACUAAUGAAUUACACAUAGCUUCUCCCCUCCAUUUCACAAAUCCAAAUCGCCUUCCUCCCACUCUGCCCUCCCCCACCUAGUUAACAGCCAUUUUGUGUUCAAAUGGAGGUUUAUGAUCGAUUCCUCUCUCUCCAUGCUGAAUGACUGGUGAACUCCAAGGGGUUGGGGCUUGUUGACCGAGCUUCAUUGUGACUAGAGAAUACUUAUCAGCAUCUACAGGUUUUUCAACUCCUUGGUUGUCCGAGAGGGGUGUCCCUCCCCUUAAACAUUAAACAUUUAAAAAUGUCCAAGUCAGCAUCUUACGCGUACAAAGUCCUGUACGUAGAAAGAUAAUUGUUGAAUAAUGACAUGGCCUAUUUUUGGAAAAAUUCCAUGAGGAACACUUAAUAAAGCAACAAAAAUUACUCUCAGAUUUCACAUCUGUAUUUCACUGCCAGACCCUUACCAUACCUCUUUAAGACCCCUGUAGGAUUGAAUACCCAUGUAGGUCCCUUCCUAUAAGAUGCUUUUUCAUUUAUAAUAGUAAAGUAUUAGGAUCAAGCCACUGAGCUUUUAUCUGUAGGAUUUUAUGGGACGUCUGAAACAAAAAUCAAACAAUCUUUUAGGAAAUUUGUUUACUCAUUUGUCUGUUGAUUCGUUUGGGCUCUCUCAUGCCAUUCCUACCAAGGGAGAGAAGCCCUUUGAUUUACUACCACCACUUUGUUAUUAAUUCUGGAACUUUAACAGCCCAAGGGACCAGCAGCUGGUUCUGUUAAAAUCUAUUCUAUUACAUACUCAACACAUCCAAUACGUAUUUCUCUAUUCUUUGCUUCCUCAAGGGGUUUUAGUGUUGGAAAGGUCAGAAGCAAGAGUAAUAGAGAAUAUGGUGGCAGAGACAAGCAGUUGCCAAUCACCUAAAUCGAUGCUAGGCGCCUCCUUGUGUUUGAAAGAGAAAGAUUACCAACCACACAAGGGGGAGAGAACCCAUCAUUUCAUUCAGAUGUCAGAGGACUCUUUCCCACGUCCACACUGUUGUGGUCUUGGGCAGCUUGUUCAGUGUCAUGAGCUGGAAACUCACACCUCCCACACACACAUAAUCCUUUCUGUGACUCUCAUCUGUUGUCACCUGGAACCUGAGGGGGUGGUAUUGCGUUGUUGUGUAAUCACUGCCCUCACAAGCCCUCUUAAAGACCCUGUGAUAGAGAGGGUCUCGCUCUCUUGGUCAUGUGUUUCCAUUGCUCUGGCACUUUGACUCUGGAUCUCCCCAGUACCUGCUUGCUCUCUGGCUUCCUGCAGACAGACUCUGAGGACAGGUAGCCCCUGAGCAUGCCCCUCUAUGUCUGUAUUCCUCACCCUGUGUUCACUGCAUGGAUAAGAGAGUGAAGAUACAAAUGCUAAGAUGCUUUGUAUUUCUGAUUGUGUACUUGCAAGAGUUCUGGAACAGGUGAGGAAUGUGGGCAAAGAAGCCAGAGGUGAAUGUUUACAGUUUUGUAACUGUCCAGGUUGCUCGCUGCAUGUCUGUUAGGAUAACUUCUGUUGCUGGGGAAGCAGGGACAUAGGUCUUCAGUUUAACAGAUGGGUUUCAGGGUGAUGACCAUUUGUUCUUCUCAGGGUUUUGAUUCAGAUUGGAUUGCCAAAUGGGUGUGUCAUGUGGGAAUUUCUAGUGGGCCCUGUUAUCACCAUGCUUGACUAAUAAAAACAGCGUGGAUGAUUAUCAGAUAGAUUGCUGGCAGAGCUGUCAGGUGUGAUGAAGAGAGACACCCUUGCAGAAGCAGCUCCUUAGAACAGUAUCUGAGGGUCAGUGUUGCUGCUUAAAAUUCUGCCCACCCCUGUGCUUCUGAGCAAGGUGAUUCAGGUGGGGCUUCAUUUCCAGUGUUGGUAGUGUGCAAAUAAUUGUUCUUCUUUCAAAUUGCACAAUAUAGUUGCUUCUCAUCAGAUUGGCAUGGUUCUUAAGCUCUUUGGCUUUGCUUUCUACCACUCUCCCCAUUCCUCAUUGUCGCCCAGACACUAAAAUUUUCUUCAGUGUCUAAAUACGACAGACAUUAUGCACAGGGUGAAAAGGGAUGGUUUUAUCACAAAGGACUGUGACCAACAUCCUGGAACAAAAAGCAGGUUCCCAGGAGAAGA